GAGGAGACUCUGCCCACCAUACUAAGCUGUUUAAAACCCAAGCCCACUGGACGGCAAACUAUACACUUGGAGACCUCGGAAUGGCUGGUGUGAACGCUGAAAGCAUCCUUGUUACUGGAUCGAACAGAGGCAUUGGCCUUGAGCUUGUUAAGACCUUUUUGAAGACAAACCCUCAACAUGUUUUUGCUGCAUGUCGUAAUCCAGAAACGGCUCAGGAAUUAAUAUCGUUGGCCUCAACGCACCAAAACCUUCACAUAAUCCAGUUAGAUGUAGCCGACCUUCAAAGCAUUAAAGCUGCUUAUCAGGCAGUUCAGGAAAAAUUGCAAGGACGAGGACUGAACAUUCUCAUAAAUAAUGCUGGUGUUGCCACCUAUAAGACUGUGGAAACAUCUGAUGAGGCGGAUAUGAUUUAUACAUACAAGACCAACACAAUUGCGCCAAUGGUUAUAACACAGGAAUUUAUGCCAUUGCUGAAGAAAGCAGCAAGUGAAAACCCUGCUCAGGAAAUGAGUAGCAGUAAGGCAUGUGUUAUAAACAUAAGCAGUGUGAUGGGAUCCAUAGCAGAAGUCUGCGGAGAAUUUUCUAUGUACCUGUUAAUUUCCUACCGUGCCAGCAAGGCUGCACUGAAUAUGCUGACUCGCUGCCAAGCCGAGGCUUACAGAGCAAAUGGUAUCCUAUUUGUUGCGCUACACCCUGGCUGGGUGCAGACUGGCAUGGGUGGCCAAGGGGCUCAGAUCUCAGCAGAAGAGAGUGUUGGAGGAAUGAUGGAAGUUUUCAGUAAACUCUCUGAAAAGGACAGCGGUACCUUUGUCGACUGGAGAGGAAACACCGUUCCUUGGUGAACAUUAAGCAAUUGUCUUGCCCAGCAAUCUACCAUACAUGAGUCAAGUCAAUGUUAUGUCAAAUGCCAUAAAUUAAAUUGGAAGUAACGAAUGGGCUAUUGUACUCUUACAUACCUCAAUACUGUCUCUAAUGCAGCUACCUCUGUUUUUAGGUCUCAAUCUCUCAGCUCACCUAACAAUGAAUCUGUAUUGGAUAAAUUGUGUACAUCUUUCUAUGCUAAGAUAGUACUCCAUUUUUAAUAAAUAACAUAAAAUCCA